AUGUUUUUUCCAUCGUACAAACUGUUCUUUUCAGAAGUUUUGCUUUUACUGGUCUUGGCAUCAAGCACUUCUCAUUCUCAUCUGCUCUCCAUGGCUGCCCUGAAAUCGUGGAUUGCAGGCAGACUUCCUCAUCCUCUCAUACUGGUACCAGGUGACGGUGGUUCACAAGCUUAUGCUCAGUUCAAGGAUCAUGAAUCUGACCCCUUUCAAAUUUGGAUUGAUUUGCGGUACCUCAUUUCACCCAGAACGUUUAGUGAUUACUUCAAGCUCAAGUAUAACAAUGCGACGAGGCGAACGGAGGAAAAUGAUAAGGCGAUAAUCACUUUUCCGGGUUGGGGGGAGACAUGGCCAGUGGACAACCUUGAUUCCCACCCACAUUCGGUGACUAGGUACUUUCAAGACUUGACCGCAGCCUUUACUCAAAACCCCUAUUAUGUUCCCAAUUCUACUAUUCGCGGAGCUCCUUUCGAUUUUCGCAGGGCGCCUAACGAGAAUGAGGAUUUCAAUCCCAAGUUGAAACGUUUGGUGGAAGAUACGUUUCACAAUGGGAAGGAUCAGCGUGUUGUUUUGCUGGGUCACAGCAUGGGUGCGCUGUACGCAUUGAGCUUUCUGAAAAAUCAGAGCGAUAUCUGGAAGCGUCAGUAUAUCAAGGCGUUUGUGGCCGUCAGUGCACCUUUUGGAGGAUCCAUAAAAGCAUUAAAAAUUGAAGCUAGUGGCGACAACUUUGGCAUCUAUUUUGGUAAUCCACUGUGGUAUCGUGAGGUGCAGCGUUCGAUGCCUUCGUUGGCCUUCCUUCUCCCCGAUCCGCGACUCUGGCCUAAAGACGAAGUGGUUAUUUACACCGCAGCCAAAAAUUACACUGUUCACGACUACAAGGAGUUCUUCUCUGACAUCGGCUUCCCCGAAGGUUUUCAGAUGUAUGAAGACACCAAGCUGACCGUGGAUGGCUUAAUACCCCCCACAGGCGUAGAAAAGGUGUACUGCAUCUACAGCUCGGCGGUGCGGACACCCGGCACUCUUAUCUACCCCUCUGCCUUUCCUGAUGCUCAGCCAAACGUGGUCUACGAGGCUGAUGGUGAUGGGACGGUGAACAUGCGGUCGCUGAGUGUUUGCCAGAGUUGGGCGAAUGGUAGUGAAGGCGUUGACCAAGUUGAAACUCUGGUCAUACCGGGUGUUAACCAUUUAUCUAUUGUUCUCGAUCCCCGUUUCAUCACUCGUGUCAAGGAGAUUUCCCAUGCGGAACAGCCUAUGCCACCACGUGAAUCCUUUUGGCAGGCUCUUUUGAAUUCAUUGAGCUGGCGGCAGUAA